GUUCGCGAGAAGGCCGACCGCUGCAGCGGUGAGGGCGCUUGGCCGCGACAGCCAGAUCAUGCUCGGCGGCAUCGCGCUGGAUCGCCCCCCCGUGAGGGUGGCAGCCGCCCCGGGGGACCAGGUCGGAAGCCUCGCCAGGGCGCCAGCGCAGCAGGCUGGGCCCGUUCAGCGGAGGGUUUCCCCGGGGCGGGUGUGGGUCGUCGCCGAGGACGUGGCCUCCCUCCGCCGAGGUGAGAUCGUGGAUGAACUCACGCGGGAGGCACAUGUCAUCGGAGACAAGUCUCUGAUGCCGCUGGAGGGCGGCGACACCGCGAUGCUUAGGAGGACGUUCCCCGAUGCCGUCGGCGGCAUGAUGGAUGAACUGCCCGAGGGCGGCAUUGACCUCACGGGCCCUCGCACUUGCUGGUAUCGGCUUCAGAAAACCGCCUCCCUGUCUCAGACGCCCGUCACGCAGUCUGAGCACUUGGCGGUGGCCGCCAAGAUCCAGGCGAUAGCGCGCGUCGACCAGCUCAACGCGCCCAGCUUGAAGUCAGGCGAGCUGGUCGCGAGGAGGCUCCAGCUCAUCGAGGACGCGCACACUCAUGCUGGCGCUGGAGGCGCAGCGGACUACAGCGCGGCCGACCACUACAUGGGCUGGUUGUCGCGGAGGAUGGGAGCGGUCAUCGACCCGCAGCUGCGCAAGCACGUGGCCGACAACCUCCGCGGCGAGGCGCAGGUCGCCAAGGGGGCGAGGAGGCUCUGCUGGAGUUGGCCCCCCCCCCUGCCAUCGCCCACCAACGCGCACAGUCGCUGCGGGGCCGCUGAUGAGCUCCUGGCUAGCGUGGUCGGCGACGCCGGGGUCGACCAGGGUGCCGCAGUGAGGCCGUGCAAGCGCUCUCUGGUGACGAUGCCAGCGGUUGGGGAGAGCUCUGCUCCACUGACCUCGGUGGCUGGCGAGCUGGAGAGGGAGUUGCUACAGCGGCCCGUAGAGACGAUGCUGGCAGAUUCCGACGAUGUGGGUUGGAGGUCUGAGAAGAUGACUUUGACCAAGCCCCACAUGGACGAAGUCUUGCGCUCGGAUAGAUCUCAGUACUGGAUUUUCCUUGAGGACCUGCACGGCGCGUCGCUCAUUUUUCGGGCGCGCCGACCUCGCGAGAUUUGCGCGCCAUUUUUCUUAGCCAAGAAGAAUGGCGACCUCCGUAUGGCGAUGGACUGCCGCGUCAGCAACCCCCACUUUUGGCCCCCCCCCCGCCUCGACAUGGGGACAGGCGGUGCUUGGCCAAGGUUGGAGAGGCCCGAAGGCGCAGGCCCACUCUUUACAGCCGCAGCAGACGUGAAUAACUAUUUUCACACCAUCCAGAACCAUCUGGACCUUCAGCUCUCCUUCUGCCUGCCGCCGAUCUCGCGCGGCGAGGCGCGGACCUUCAUGGGCGGUUUCGAAGGGUUGAGCGAUCGCGAGCCUGUCUGGCCCACGCUUCGGUCUGUUCCCCUGGGGUGGAGCUGGGCGUUCAAUUAUGGCCAGAAGAUCUUGGAGAACCCCAAUGAUGAGGCGCUGAGGGGCUUCACCCAGUGCGCCCUGCUGAGAGACGUCGGGCCGAUUCCGGACGUCGCUUCGGAGCUGGGCGCGCCGCCGCACCGCGACAACCUCAACGUCUUUGGCCUGGACAAGAGCGCCGCGCAGCUGGCCAAAGACAGGGUGGUCUCCCACCUGAGGGCGAGAGGCUUCCCCGUCCACGAGGAGGUCGACGCCGCGGUGAAGGUCGCCCCCCUCGGCAGGUGCAUCGACGGCGACAGGUGGAUCGUCUGCGACAAGCCUGAGCGGGCAGAGCGGCUCGCGAAGGAUGAGUUGGCAUCCACGAGCUAUUAUGACAAACGCCUGCGAGACUGGUUCAGCGCACUCGGAAAACUGGGUGUCUUCUCGGACCCCAGCUCCGUGGUCCCAGAAGGUCCAGGAGGCUCCAUGGAGAUGCUCGAGAAGAGCUCGUACUUCCAGGAGGCGAGGGCUACUGAUUUGGGCAUCAGGCACGGGCUUAGGUCCGUCAAGGGGCUCAAGAGGCACCAUCUUAUCAUGGGGGACCAUCUGGGCAACGCCAUGGCCUCUGGGAAGUCGCGGGCUGCGUCCUUCUCCAUCCUCAACCUCAUCCGUCGUGCCUCGGCUCUGGCGUUAGCUAGCUGCUCCAAGUGGCAUUUUCGUUGGGUGCCUUCUGAGAAGAAUACCGCCGAUGGCUUCCCACGGCGAUGGGAAGGAGACCCGCAAGCUGGGCAGGGCCACGCCGCCAGCAAGCGGGAGGCCGCUCCCCCGCCGCCUCGGACGCGGGCAUCCGAAGCCGCCGCCCUCGUCAAGAGGCGCAGCGCGGACGACGGCGGCCACGCGCUCGCAGGGGUCACCUCGCGACUGCAUCGCGAGGCCGCUGGAGCGCCGCUGCCGCAGCUGGGGGCCCGCCUGCCACGGGGGGGAGCUCGGCAUUUGGUGGCGGCAGCCAGUCGAGGCGAGAGGAGGUCCAAGGGGGCCGUGACCUUCGGCACCUUCGAGCCUCGGGUAGCAGCAGGCCAGGUUUCCAUUCUGGAGUCGCAUGCCGUUACGAGCACGACGGAGGGCCUCUACAAUGCUUGGUUCAAGGAGCUCCUGGUUUUUGCGAUCUCGAUCGGGCGCGCCCUGGACACCGUGAAGAGUGUCGACGCUGCCAUGGCGGACUUCGCGGAUUACCUGUUUCUAGAGGGCUUCGAGAAGGCCGACUUGCUCAAGGCGUACGCCGCAGCGGCCUGGAAGGGCUACACCAACCUCGACCCAGGCGUUACUCUGGCGCCCAUCCCUUGGAAGAUCGCGCGCUGGAUCGCGUACUUGCGGCCGAUCGACCUGCGCUCCCUGAGGGAGGAGGACCUGGCGCCGCCGCGUGCGAGCAGUCGGUGGUGGGCUCUGAACCUCCACCCGGCCGAGCGCGGCGACAAGUCGAAUGUCGGCCUCUGCGACGAGAGCAUCCUGCUGGACGCGCAGUACCUGCCAGGCCUGGGCGCCGCGGUGGCGUCGCCCAAGACGGGCGACCCUGGGAAGAAGCUGUUCGACAUCGAGCCGUCGGCCCUCCUGGCGCACUGGAAGGCAGCGAUGCGCCUGUUGGGUUUCCCGAUGCCAGGUAGGCGCAGUGCCAGCUCCGGCACGGCGGCCCCUCCCACGACCGCCUCGUGGGUUGCCGCUCGCUGCGGGAGAUCCAGCGCCGAGGCCGGCCUCCCGCCGCGCUGCGUCCUCGACCUGCGCGCCGGGCGCGCGGGCGUCAGCCAAGCGCUCGCACGCCAAGGCAUCGAAGGCUCCGCGUGGGACACCCUCUUCAGCCAAGAGGCCUACCUUGCGAGCCCGGGCAAGAUGAGGUGGCUGGCCAGGCGCGUGGCGCAGUGCAACAUGAUGCAGCAUCAGCGCCAGCUAGCUGCGGCAG